AGAGAGAGAAAGUAGAGAGAGAGAAAAGAGUUCUCUCAUAAACCUUCUCUCUCCACCUCCACUAUUUCUUCCUCCUCUUUAUCUUUCCGGGGAGGCAUUCGCCGGCCUCAAGUCUCCUCUUCCCCCACCCCACUUGUUGCUGCUGGUGGUGGUGACCGGUGCUGCUGGCCGAGGAGGCCGGCGAGAAGGAGAUUUUGUCGCUGUUGUUGAUGAGCGAGGAAACGAUCUUGUGAGGCAAGAGCAGUCGUCGUGAAGAAGAAGCGGGAAGAAAGCUAGGGAAGAUCAAAUGGCAGCUGAAUCCUCUGUGGUUCCACAAACUUCCUCUGAAUCGAUUGCUCAGAAGAUGGGGUUCUUCAGGGUCCCUGACCUUCUUGUCAAACUGAGCACCAAAUGUUUGAUCGAGAUGGAUUCAGUCCGCAGUCCAACAUCUCCCCUAGACCUCAAAUUCUUCCCAGGCCUUGGUACCAAAUCACCGAGGUCAUCUUUCCUUGAUGCCAACCAGAACCAAAAGAUCUUGCUUGGUGACAGGGUUGGGCUUGGACUAGUGGAUUCACUUACUGCUGAUGACAGCUCCACUCCCUUGGGCAGUAGGAAGGUCCUUCUUGGGUCUGAGAUGAGAAUCACUGAUAAUUUAACUUCCAAGAACAGCUUCACUGCUCCUGUCGAAGUUGAGGUGGUUGAUCAGAAGGAUGAGAGCAUGUAUGAUGAACUGAAGGGUAGUUUCAUGUCUCUGGAUGACAUUCUCAAUUCAGAGGAUUACACCCGUGUUGUUUCUCGUGGUCCUAACCCUAGAACUACCCACUUCUUCGGAGAUCGUGUCUUAGAGUUUGAAGGUGAGCAGCUGAUGCCCGAUGAGAAUAAGAGGGAGGAGAGUUUGCUCCCUCAUCUCAAAGAGGGUAUGAUGAGCUUCUGUUGCCUUUGCGGUGAGGAACUCAAAGAAGGGAAAGACAUCUACAUCUAUCAUAUUCUACCUUUCAAUUAUAGGGGUGACAAAGCCUUUUGCAGCAUGGAGUGCCGGGAGAGUUUCAUGGAAGAUGAGAUGGAAGAAGGCGAGCCCGUGAUAGAUCACUCUGCACCUCCUAGCAGCCCACCCACCAACGGUGGCUGUAUCUUCCAGCUGAUCCAGUGAACGAGCAUCAGUAAACAACUUGAUGUGGUCUUAUCUGAAGCGCUGUCUGAGGUUAAUAAGCUGCAGCCAUGGAUGUGAUCAUAUUUCAUUGAGUUGUUGCCUGAAGAUUUUUGUCUGCGGCACUGAUGAAUUUACCUAUUGAAUUCUUAAUUUACUUACCUGGGUCCUCGAAUUUUUGGAGGAGCCUGAACGGUGACUUUGCUUCCGGUCAUAUUAUUAUUUUGAUCGGAAAAGGGCGUGCGUUUGAGUUUGAGCUUGUGUUUGCUUGAACCUCAUUUUCAAUCGGCUGUCAUCGUGUUGACACCGUUGAUCAUCACUAUCAUGUAUCCGAUAAUUCGAAUAUAUGUUUCUGCUUGUUUUUUUGCGGAAAGAAAGCGCUAAUCUUCAAGUUUACUAAA